UGGCCACAGAGAGAGAGACACAGAGAGAGAGAGAGAGAGAGUCUGAGAGAGAGAGAGAGAGAGAGAGAGAGAUGGGUAAGGUGGUGGAGAGGAAGAAGAAGAAGAAAGGAAGGCCGUCUCUUUUAGAUCUCCAGAAACGCAAUAUCAGAGAACAACAACAACAACAAGAAGUACAACAUCAAAAGCGAACCCACAACUCUGCCCCUCAUUCUGCUUCUAAUUACCGAACUGCCCCUGUUCCUGUCCCUACCUCUGCCUCAGGUCCUACUCCUGUGCGGCGAUCCACCCGCCGGAACCCUAACCUCGACGCCGAUGAGAUCCGCCAUGAGGAGGAGGACGAGGAGGAUGACGACGACGAAUUGGACGGGAAGCGCCGUGAGAAGAAGCUGAAGCUGGUGCUACGAUUGCCCUCCCAGAAAUCGCCGCUCAAUUCGCAAGGCUCCGAAUCGAAUGCCGAGGAGGACGAGGCCGCGUCGAAUAGCAACAAGAAGAGGAAGAUCAAUGCGAUCGGGAAUGGAUCUGGGCUUGGGGACUGUGCAAAGGGCGACAAGUCGAUCUCUGGUGCAAACCCCACAAAUACCCACCAAGGGGGUCAGUUGGAUUCGGGACCCUCAACGCCUUUACCGGAUAAAAAGCUGUUACUGUUCAUCAUCGACAGGCUUCAAAAGAAGGACACUUAUGGUGUGUUCUCUGAGCCAGUGGACCCGAAUGAGCUUCCGGACUACCAUGAAGUGAUACAGAACCCAAUGGAUUUCGGAACCCUGCGGAAUAAACUUGCUAGUGGAGCUUAUGCGAACUUGGAACAGUUUGAGAAAGAUGUUACCUUAAUCUGUGCAAACGCAAUGCAGUAUAAUGCGCCUGAUACCAUAUAUUUUCGACAGGCACGAUCCAUACAAGAGCUGGCAAAAAAGAACUUUGAAAAUCUGAGGCAGGAUAGUGAUGAUAAUGAACCAGAACCCAAAAUAGUGAGAAGAGGUAGACCACCAACCAAAAAUUUGAAAAAAUCACUGGGCAGGCCUUCCUUAGAGCGUGCUGGUUCAGAGUUUUCCGCUGAUGCUGGUCUUGCGACUGGGGGAGAAAACACCAACUGGUCCAAUUAUGAUCAGAGAAAAGGAAGUCAUCUUACAGACAAGUCUGCUUUGGCAGAUUCAUCCGGACGACUCCAUGGUUCUCGUAAUAAUGAUGUUUAUACUAGUUGGUUGGUUGAUAACAAGUUUGAGAGGAAUGAUGAAUUUACAGGUUCCAUGAAGGGUAAUCAAAUGAAGCUUGGGAAGAAACAAUUUGUACUUGAUGAGAACAGACGUAAGACAUAUAAGCAAUCCCAUCCAUCAGUUGGUGGGCGAGAGCCAUCCGUGUUAACUACUUUUGAUGGAGAGAGGAAGCAGCUUUUGGCUGUCGGGCUUCAUUCAGAGCAUGGCUAUGCAAGGAGCCUUGCUCGUUUUGCUGCAAAUCUGGGACCUGUUGCUUGGAAAGUUGCUUCUAAGAAGAUAGAGAGAUCUUUGCCUUCUGGCGUUAAGUUUGGCCCUGGAUGGGUUGGAGAAAAUGAUAUCAUACCGCCAAGGCCAUUGCUACUUCCUUCAAUGUUACCAGGUCAGCUGUCAUCAUUGCAGCCAUUUCCUGUUGUUGAAAACUCAUCCUCUAUUGCAACACCUAGCACUGUUCAAUCGAAGGGAGAGAAUUUAUCAGAGACGCAUGAAGGAAAUAAUUUGUCUGAGAAGCACAUACCUUCCACUCACUCAGCUUUGGGUGGCCAUCUAAGCAAGCAUCUCCCUCCAUCUGCUACCACCUCCGUAUCCCCCUUCACUAGGAAUAAAUCGCCUGAACCCCUGACCGGUAAGGCAGAAGUUGCCGAAGGGUCAAAUUCUCAUACUGUGAUUAAUAUAUUGAAUAGCAGUACUGGUGCAAUCAAGCCAAGGCCUCCCUUUCAGAUUAAUCAGGGCCCUGUAAUUCACCCUGGCAUGAAUGGAUUUAAUGGUUCCUUUGGGUUUAACAUUGCGGCUCAAGUGGGGAAACUAAUUGGAGCAGCCAGGCCUGCUGGGUUCAACUUACAGUCGCCUCAGAUGCUCGACACAAUCUCUAGGACUAAUACCAACUAUGUCCAUCUGGCGACCACAAACAAGCUUAGUUCAGAAGACCCCAAGUUUAUGGAAAGUUCAACUUCAAAUAAUUCCGGCAGCUUGUUGCCAAACUCCGGUAGUGAGGCAUUGGCAGCCCAAAUAAGAGGGCUUCAUCCGCGGCCGUCUUGGCAAGGAAUGUCGCCCCAACAGAGAACUGACUCUGGACUGUCAUCACAACAGAAACCAGAUUCAGUUCCACCAGACUUGAAUGUCAGAUUUCAGUCUCCAGGAUCCCCUAAUUCUAGCCGGGUUGAUUCAGCACAGCCAGAUUUAGCAUUGCAGCUAUGAGAAUAAUUGAGUUUUUUUUCUUUCUCUUUUAAUUAAGUUUAACCAUAGAAAGGUGGGUUUAAGAUUUGUUGCUUCUGCUUAUGAAACCAACAUAGGGUCUCUUCGAUGUGGGAGCCGAUUAGAGCCACACCCAACUGUAUUGUAGAAGAGUAGAGUAGGCUUUUCUUGUACAGAUUAAUGUAAUCUGAUUCUUAGGCUCACAAGCAAAAAGGUUUCAUUUGUAACAUUGGAAACCAA